CAGCUUUCAUAUGUGUAGCCUCAAUAAGCACCAGGUGUUCACUUUAUUUUUGUUAGUUGUUUUUUUUUUUUGUUUAUUUAUUUGCGAAAUGUUGCUUGAGUGAAGUAAGAUUAAACGAGAAUGCAAUCAAAUUGUAAGCAAUUUUAUGAGGGCUGUGGCAAAGAAGGGCAAAUACGAUGUAUUUUCCUCAGUGAAUUUCAUGCAACGGCAGGUUCGAAAAUUAGUUGUCAGGUUCCACCAGAUUAUGUCUCCAAAGAAGUAUUUGAUGCUAUCAAUGUUUACAUCAUACCAAAACCACAUCUACAAAAAUGCAUAUUAACUGUAAAUGCCAUGGACAUCAAAAUUGUUGGCUAUCCCGUUGGUAUAGAGGAUCAACAGAAAUAUGCUAGAAAUGCUUUCCUCUUUAAUUUGUGCUUUGUAUGCGAUUCUUGGGCGCGAUCGGUUCAAUAUGAGCCGGUGGUUAAGAAGUUAUCUGAGUACUUGAUUAUGAUGGAAGAAGAGAGCUGUUUCCUCUCAAAACAAGAAGACAACAAGUCAAAAUUGACCAAGAUUUUUGAAACUGUUAUAAAUGAUUUGAACAAAAAGAAAGUUACAACCAUCGUUGAGGGCGAUACAACAAUUUAUUUAAAAAUUGUAACACACAAACCCGAUCCACCAAUUGUUAAAGAUCACAUGGUGCCUUUAUUGCUGGUAGAUUAUAAAAAUACUCCAUUGGAGAAUUGGGAUUUAACCACGCAGCAAAUAUUACCCUAUAUAAAUGGCAUCAACCACAUAGCCCGUAUUGCUGCAGAGGCAGAUGUUGAGACGAAUCUUGUUAAAUCUUGUGUACAAAAUCUCGUUUAUUAUGGUGUAGUUCAACUGUUGCCCAUUCUGAAAUAUUCUAAUGUUUAUAUGACACAAAAUCUUAAAAGUCUCAUACAAAAUACUUCGCUUACCAAUGCAUGCCGCAAAUAUGUGGCAUUGAAGCCGGACAAAACAAAGCCCACUAUACAUAAAAUAUUUCAAUUUUAUGCUUCCAUGACACAUGGCGUUACUUUGCGUGCCAUUUGUCAACGCAUAUGCCCGCAGAAUCAUAAUAUCGAUGAGAGAAAAUUGGUCAUAUUUGGUCUACAGCAUAAGUUUAUACGUUGCAUACACAAGUAUCCAGUGUUUACGGGUUCAGUGCCGUCGGGACGCCAAAAAAUGUACACAGGGCUUUCCAGUUUCGAUGAGAUUUGUUGCAAGACCGGUCUCUCACCAUCGAGCAUAGAAAAGGAUAUCGAUAAGGAUACAAAUGUUACUGUUAUAUGGAAAUAAGGUAGAUUUGCUAUAGCACAUCGAUGGAGAGUAUAUUUUUUAUAUGAAUUUACAUUGAUUGUAAUGUACAGAGUAAAAAUGAGUGAAAAUAAGAAUUAAAGAGAAAAUUUCCGAUAUGUUCCAACUGU